AUGCGUUUCCACGCUGUCGCUCUCUUGACUGGCGCAACUGCUGCCGCCGCGGGUAACACUGCUAGUCUGCUCCUGCCUGGUUUCCAGGGUCGCGACCUCCAGGCCGGUAUUCUCGGCAAGGCUGGCGAUGCCACCACCUACCUGGUGACCUGCCCUACCUCUGUCGCCGCUGCUGACUGUGGGAUCCCUGGCAAGGGCAUGACUGCCGUUGCUGCGCCCACUUACGCUGAGCUGUACCAGGUCUACGACGCCGGCAACACUGCCACUGUCUCUUGCAACGUCGCCGGCACCACCUAUGCCUCCUGCUCCGCCGCUCAGGGCACCGUGACCGUCCAGUCUACCCUGAACUCCAAGAACAUCAACUGGAUGCCCGUGACCGUGACCGGAGACUGCUCGACCAGUACUCCUUCUCCUACCUCCACCUCCACCUCUACCCCCACCUCGACUCAUACCACCACCACGGUCACCCAGACCCCCAGCUCGACCUCGACCCCGGUCUCGAGCCCCAUGAAGUCCACUUCGCGCCCGGCCUCCUGGUCCACCCCGCUGGUGAGCAGCACGCCUCUGGCCCCCACCCAGACCGCUGCCCCCAGCACCGCUGCGACCACCCCUAUUGCGCUCAACGCUGCUGCCUCCCUGGCCGGCAACGGCUGGGCCCUGGGCGGUGCCGUCCUGGCACUGGUCUACGCUCUGGUGUAA